CGUGGCUGGCGUGAGUGUUGUCCGAACACAAGAACACAAAAAAAGCAGCGUUCUUUUGUAGACACGCAAUUGGUGGUAUCUUCCGGCAAUCCUAUCGGUGUGCGCACCGGAUAGCUUCCGUGGCCGGCGACCGACACGUGGCGAAGAGCCUUUAGGCCCAAGCCUCGCAUUGGACAGAGACGCAGUCGCAAUUAAAACCAAUAAAAUAAAUGAAUAAACAAAUGCUUUGUGCAGAAGCCAAGCGAGGAACCGGCGAAUAAACAAACUAACUGUUAUCUAAGCGCAUUGCGCACCUCACAACCAUAGAGUUCUGUCCAAUUCAAUGAACGGCUUUGAGGAGAGAGAAACUACAGCGUUCCGAGCUCUGGCGGAUCGGUGCCGGAGCCUCGAGGAGAAGCAGGCCAAGUUGAAGGAGGAAUUCGAUGAGCUACUGCAGAAGAAGCUCACAGUCCGGCACGAUAACGAUAACAAUAACGAGGUCAUUGCUGAUUCAACAACCCUCGGUUUUCUCCCCGGUUACUUCUCCAGAAGUCCCUACGCAACCCUGCUGAAAUGUAUGGGCCACGCCGUUCACGUCGUCAGAGUUCCCUCCGCUGAGAUCGUGUACUGGAAUCACGCGGCCGAAACUCUGUAUGGAUGGAAAGACCACGAAAUCAUUGGCCAAAGUGUAACUAAAAUCCUAACUGCUCAGGAAAAUUAUGUAUCUCUACAAAAAAUUCUGGAAAGGGUGGUUUCAGGAGUUCCAUGGUCUGGGAAGUUUCCUUUCAAAAAGAAAUCUGGUGAAGUAAUUAUGGCAUUGGUAACAAAAACUCCUCUUUAUGAGGAUGGUGAGCUUGUUGGUGUUAUAACUGUUUCAAGUGAUGCGGCUAUAUUAAAAUGUACAAAUUCAGAAAAUCAAACAUACAAAUCUGCUAACAAUGGCCAACCUGGAGUAAGGAGGUUAAACUUUAAAAGAAUUCAGUGGCCUCCACGACCAACGAUUGCACCAAUGCCGCAGAUUGCUUCAUCUGUUUCCAAUCUGGUUCUCAUUAGUGCAUCAAAGCUUCUCCCACUGCUGCAUAGUACUGAUGACACAGUUUCCAAGAAGACUUCGACAGAUGCUGUCGCAGGUGAUGAAAAGCUAGAGAAGCGUGGCAUAUAUGAAACAAAACCUAAUUCCAGACAUUUCCGUAAAGAAAACACAAUUGUCACGGAGGCCUCUGAGGAGAAUGAGUCUACUGCAGAAUUUGGCCAACCUUCUAAAAUUGCAGCCAAGCUUCAAACUGGGGUACGUGCAAAAUAUGGGAAGGAUAAUGGAAAUAUGAAAAAUAAUUGUGCAGAUGAUAAUUCGGGAAGCAAUAGAAUGAAUUAUGAAAAUGAUUCAUCUGGAGGUUUAGUUCCAUUAAAAGGAUACCAGGAUGUUGUUAAUGGAGCAGAUAAAGAACUAAAUCUUCAGAAAUGUAAUUCUUCACUUGCAAUGAAGAGAGCGGAAACAACCGCGUGUGCAUCUAGAGCUUCCACUGUUUCCAAAGAUUAUUCUGAGGCAACGACUGUGGUGACAGGAGAUGAAGUACAAAAGCAGCAAGAAGUGUCGCAACUGCCAAGUUCGAGGGAGAGUACAGGCAGCCACGAAAGUUUGUCGGGCAAAGGGGAUUAUGAGUCCAACUCUGUUUCAGAGUGUGAAAUCCGUUGGGAAGACCUUCAAUUAAGAGAGGAGAUUGGACAAGGUAAUGAAUUCCAUUAUUAUGCAUUUUAUAGUUCCUCUAUGUUAANGCUUUUGUACUUCAUCUCCUGUUACCACAGUCGUUGCCUCUGGUUCCAAUUUCUUAGUUUCGGCCGCGUGAUUCCUGAAAUGGAAAUAGGUUUGGCUCAAAAGCAAUCUAAACAAAAGAAUAACUUGCAGAGGCUGACAAUCAAGGCCAAUUUCAGUCAAUAUUUCACUUUUUAUUUUCAAAUUUCGAAAAAGUUACCUCUGCAAGUUAUUCUUUUGUUUAGAUUGCUUUUGAGCCAAACCUAUUUCCAUUUCAGGAAUCACGCGGCCGAAACUCUGUAUGGAUGGAAAGACCACGAAAUCAUUGGCCAAAGUGUAACUAAAAUCCUAAAUGCUCAGGAAAAUUAUGUAUCUCUACAAAAAAUUCUGGAAAGGGUGGUUUCAGGAGUUCCAUGGUCUGGGAAGUUUCCUUUCAAAAAGAAAUCUGGUGAAGUAAUUAUGGCAUUGGUAACAAAAACUCCUCUUUAUGAGGAUGGUGAGCUUGUUGGUGUUAUAACUGUUUCAAGUGAUGCGGCUAUAUUAAAAUGUACAAAUUCAGAAAAUCAAACAUACAAAUCUGCUAACAAUGGCCAACCUGGAGUAAGGAGGUUAAACUUUAAAAGAAUUCAGUGGCCUCCACGACCAACGAUUGCACCAAUGCCGCAGAUUGCUUCAUCUGUUUCCAAUCUGGUUCUCAUUAGUGCAUCAAAGCUUCUCCCACUGCUGCAUAGUACUGAUGACACAGUUUCCAAGAAGACUUCGACAGAUGCUGUCGCAGGUGAUGAAAAGCUAGAGAAGCGUGGCAUAUAUGAAACAAAACCUAAUUCCAGACAUUUCCGUAAAGAAAACACAAUUGUCACGGAGGCCUCUGAGGAGAAUGAGUCUACUGCAGAAUUUGGCCAACCUUCUAAAAUUGCAGCCAAGCUUCAAACUGGGGUACGUGCAAAAUAUGGGAAGGAUAAUGGAAAUAUGAAAAAUAAUUGUGCAGAUGAUAAUUCGGGAAGCAAUAGAAUGAAUUAUGAAAAUGAUUCAUCUGGAGGUUUAGUUCCAUUAAAAGGAUACCAGGAUGUUGUUAAUGGAGCAGAUAAAGAACUAAAUCUUCAGAAAUGUAAUUCUUCACUUGCAAUGAAGAGAGCGGAAACAACCGCGUGUGCAUCUAGAGCUUCCACUGUUUCCAAAGAUUAUUCUGGAGAUGAAGUACAAAAGCAGCAAGAAGUGUCGCAACUGCCAAGUUCGAGGGAGAGUACAGGCAGCCACGAAAGUUUGUCGGGCAAAGGGGAUUAUGAGUCCAACUCUGUUUCAGAGUGUGAAAUCCGUUGGGAAGACCUUCAAUUAAGAGAGGAGAUUGGACAAGGUUCUUAUGCAACUGUUUAUCAUGGAAUUUGGAAUGGAUCGGAUGUUGCAGUCAAGGUUUAUUUUGGGAACGGAUACACAGAGGAGACUUUACAAGACUACAGAAAAGAGAUUGAUAUAAUGAAGAGAUUGAGACACCCUAAUGUACUACUUUUCAUGGGAGCAGUAUAUUCACCGGAAAGGCUUGCCAUUGUUACAGAGUUAUUACCUAGGGGAAGCCUUUUCAAAAAUAUACAUAGGAACAAUCAGACAUUAGACAUCAGAAGACGUCUAAGGGUGGCUCUUGAUGUUGCUAAAGGAAUGAAUUAUCUUCAUCACAGAAAUCCACCAAUUGUGCAUCGAGAUCUGAAGUCUUCCAACCUGCUAGUAGAUAAAAACUGGACUGUAAAGGUUGGAGAUUUUGGCCUAUCUCGGUUGAAGGAUACAACUUUAUUGAAUACGAAAUCUGGGAGAGGCACCCCUCAAUGGAUGGCCCCUGAAGUCCUUAGAAAUGAACCUUCCAAUGAGAAGUCUGAUGUAUUCAGUUUUGGUGUCAUCCUCUGGGAACUAAUGACUCAAUCUAUUCCCUGGAAAAAUUUGAAUUCCUUACAGGUUGUUGGAGUCGUAGGCUUUAUGGACAGACGACUAGACCUUCCAGAGGACCUUGAUCCCCAUGUUGCCUCCAUCAUCGAUGAUUGCUGGCAAAGUGAUCCAGAGCGACGCCCAUCAUUUGAAGAGCUGAUCCAGAGAACGUUGUUCCUUGUUAACAGAGUAACAGCAGUGUCAAUUAGGAGAAUUGCAGAAUCCUAAACGUAUUAUAUGGUUUGGGUUUUGUUUUCUCAAAAUGUGUUUGUUAAAAACAGAUUAUGAGAAGCACAAACCAACAUAUUGAGUGGCAACUGGCAACCCUUAGAACAUUCUUCCUUCCGAAAGUAGAAAGAACAACUCGAGAGAGACAAACCGAAGGUGGGAGUAGGCGAUAAAAAUGCUUGUAAUUUUGUUUGGAGUCUUUG